AUGGAAGGGGGGUGGCCUGUGGAGGGGGAAGUCCUCCUCUACCUCACUGUCAGCCUUCUGCUUCCAGGCUUUGACCAGCACGGGGUGGACCCUGCUGCCUUCCAGACUAUAUUUAACCAGAAGGACUUCCGUCCAGUCAUCAACUACAGCAUCCCCACUCAGGUCAACAUCUCCUUCACUUUGUCUGCCAUCCUGGAAGUGAUCUGGAAUAACCCAUUCAUCAGCUGGGAUCCAGAAGAAUGUGGUGCCAUCAGUAAACUCACUGUGACAACUGAGAGCCUGUGGCUCCCAGACAUCUUCGUCAUGGAAUCCAUGGAUGUGGAUCAGACCUUGGAAGGCCUCUCUGCAUAUGUGACCAAUGACGGUCACGUUGUGUAUAACAAACCAAUGCGGGUGACCAGCAUCUGUAGCCUGGACAUCUUCUACUUCCCCUUUGACCAGCAGAACUGCACACUCACCUUCAGCUCUUUCCUCUACACAGUGAAAAACAUGUUGCUGGGCCUGGAAAAGGAAGUGUGGGAGAUAGUGGACACCUCACGUGACAUUGUCUGCACACAAGGGGAGUGGGAGCUCCUGGGCAUCAACAAGGCCACCCCAAAGCUGUCUGUGGGCUCCAGUCUUUUUGACCAAAUCAUGUUCUACGUGGCCAUCAGGCACAGGCCCAGCCUCUAUGUCAUAAACCUCCUGGUGCCCAGUAGCUUUCUGAUCGCCAUUGAUGCCCUCAGCUUCUACCUGCCGGCAGAAAGGGGGAAUCGUGUCCCAUUCAAGAUAACCCUUCUGUUGGGCUACAACGUCUUCCUGCUCAUGAUGAAUAAACUACUUCCUGCUAAUGGCACCCCCUCAUCAGUAUGCCCACCUCCUCACUAAAGCAGGCAUCUCAGAAAGGGUGUCUACUUUGCCCUGUGUCUGUCCCUGAUGGCGGUCAGCCUGCUGGAGACCAUCUUCAUCACCUACCUGCUGUACCUGGCCACCAGCCAGCCCCCACCCAUGCCUCGGUGGCUCUACCCUCUGCUCCUCUACUGGGCCAGCCCAAGGAAAUGUUGCCCCACUGCACUCUGGAAGGAGAAUGUGAGCCCAGGCCUCAUGCCCACUCACCUACCUGGACCGAAGGAGCCAGGGCAGUUGGUAGGGAAGGAGCUGGGACCCAGAGAGGCAGAGCUGAAUGGGGCUUCAGGAUUGACAAGCACCCAGCUAGCUGACCUGUGGAUGCAGUUCAGCCACAUGAUGGACACCUUCCUCUUCCACCUCUACCUGUUCUUCUUGGCCUCCUCCAUCAUCACGGUCAUCAUCCUCUGGAACACCCAGGAGUUGAAUUCUAACGGUGCAAGAGCAAGCCAGUGUUCAGGUUUCUCCAGCUUCAACUGA